GUGUCUGCGUGUGAAUCACGAGAGAAGGAGACGUGCGACGCGAAAGAACCGCUUCCUGUUGUUGUAGUUGGAAAACAUGGAGGUCAGCGCCGAGGCCAAGAGGAUCAUGGUCGUGGCUCUGGGGAAACUGUACAGCUCCCGCAGCCAGAGAGGAGGUCUCCGCCUGCACCGGAGCCUCCUGCUCACCCUGGUCAUGAAGUCCGCCCGGGACAUCUACCACGAGGCCCAGGCGACCGCGGAGUGUGUCGAGCCCGGAUGCGAACAACAACACCCCGAGGCGGCGGAAGGGAACACGGAGUCCUCCUGUGGGGAGCUCCGGACUUUACCCCUGGAGGAGGUCGUCGUUUCCCGCAAGGAGGACAAGGAGAACCGGUGCCCGAGCGUCACUGUACCGGCACAACCGUCGAGGAAGAGACGCGGCAAGGCGGCCGUCGAGCCGGACUUCCUCCCCUGUAAGAAAGCGAAACUGGAGAAGGCGAGCUGCCCCCAGCAGCUGCUCAUCAGCCCGGCUCUCAUGGACUAUGUGAACUGCAGCGGCCUGGGAGCGCACCCGGCCCCCAUGCCCAUACACAGAGCCAUUGCAGCGUGUUGAAAGCCAGAAACAGGGGGGAAUAUGAACCUUUCCCACAGGAGCCCGAAUGCACCCAACAGUGGGCCAGGACCCGGGGGGGUCACACGGAUGAACACCGCGGGGGUGGCUGGAUCCUGCACAGUCCCCCGGGCCCGGACGUGACUCCGAACAAGCCGGUACAUGCUCCAGGAAUCCCGGAAGCGGCUGACGAGAGGUCCUCGGUGACUUCAGACCCGAAUACGAGCUCAAGUCUGCAGGAGAGCAGCUGGAGUGGUGCUCCAACCGGACCAGGCUUUACUGGCCUUACUGAACUCUACAUGAACAUCUGAACGGGCACUUUAAACUCUACUAGAUGUGUUGUUGUGUUGAGGCCUUCGUGCUGGCCGAAGAGUGCAAAUCUGUACAAAACAUUCAAUGACUGCAACUACCUCAGUAUUUAUUAAACCUUUUCUACUUGCCAGUGAAA